AAACCAAUAUGCCAAAUAUCGUGAUAUUUGGCAUAACUACCACUUGUGAUAUUUCAAAAUUGUCUCAAUUGUAUCACAAUUUCGAAAUAUUACUCGUGCUAUUUAUGCCAAAUGUCACUACAAAUCAUGCUAUUACCUAUACUUAUACAGUCGUUUCUCUAUUUCCGGGGGUUGAUACAACUAAAAGGAAAUAAGAAUUGACUAGUAUUACAUAUCGGCUUGGCAAACUACUGAUGAAAGAAGAGUGCUCGGCAACUCUCUUAGUAUAUUUAGCAUUCUUUUGGAAAUUUUACUUAUUUAUAAUGCGUCACUUCCAGAGUAAAAGAACAUUUCCUUUCACUGGCUUUCCUUAUUAGGCUGUAAGCUACACGAAACAAUCCACCCAAUGUUGUUCAAUGAGGUAGGUCUUGUUUGAUCACCAAUGUACGGCUCUAAAAUCUUCUCUCGUCGAACUUCAACAUGUUUAAAACUGUUGCAAUGAAAUGCUCAGCAACGUGCUGUCCAUAACAUUUCUAUUUUGAUUGCAAUUUUAUUCUCAAGAUUGCAAAACGAAGUGAGUUUCAGAUUUAGAGCAGUUUUUUUUUUUUUUUUUUUUUUUUAAUAAAUCGUUAAUUUCUAAAGCAAAUCAGAAUCCAGAUUAUUCGAAAGCGGACUGAAUGGCGUAAUCCUUAGCAAAUUUUAAGUUUGAAAGCAGUUAGCUGUAUGGCAUUUACGAAUCAGUAUAAUGUGCAAGAUUCCCUCCCAACAAGUCACAAAAUGCAUCUAUCUGUGAUACGUAUACUGGACACAAUGUUUGCGGCACUGCGAGAAAGAAAAAUGAAAAGAAAUUGUUUCCGAGGGAGGAAAAAACCCUGAUUGAUAAGGGUCAAUUUUCUUGAAUUUCGCUUCUUUCCAAUUAUCGCUAAAUCCGUCAGGGAUAUUGUUAACUCCGGAAAAAAAAACAAAAUAUACAUGUAUAAGAAAAAAAAAAAGAUUUUGUCUUGUUUGCCCCAGAUUUGGCCAUCAUUCAAGCACGUCUUUUGCUAAGUUUUGAAAAUAAAACUCCAGUCUUUCAAUUCAGGUAAUCGUUAAUAAUUCGUUUUGAUUUGAAAUUUCUAAAAAAAAAAAAACGACAAAGUGUAAGACACUAUGACAAAAACAAAGUCAUAAAAUAGAUGAUGCACACCGGAUAAGGAUAUAAUUUCAACAGAUGCCACUUAGGGCCAUCGGCAUGGCAUAGUGUUACAAAAAUCAAACAGUUCAGAUUUACAUAAGAAAAUUUCGGGAGAGCCAAAUAGAGAAAUUGUAAUUAAAAGAAUAACAGUAUUGAUGAAGCCGUGCUUUUUCAUAUUUAAUUUGGCUUCAUUAUAGUAAAUAUAUAUAACAAGAACAUAUCUGGACACAAAAAGCAAUAAUCUGCAGCUUCAAACGAUUUCCAAAAAAAUGGACUCAGUAUCAAAUAUAAGAUUCAACUUAAACUCUACAACCAAUUUUACAUUCAAUUCAUCAUUUUUACUGCCACCAGAUAACGUUUUAGAGGAUGCCUACGAAAUUUUCUUCAAGUUUGCUUUUGGUUCCGCAAUCUACAUGUUCAUCGCUUCAUUUUUAUCCAUCAUCGCAAAUGGUUUGUUGCUCCUGGUGUUUUUGUUCGAUCCUUUGAAGAUCUUCAGGAAAGCUACAACUUAUUUCCUCGUAGGUCUUUCUAUUGCCGAUAUUUUAACAGCCACGACACAGCAACCUAUGUAUGCUACAUGUUUCACUAUGAUAUACAUUAAACAUCGUGAGACUGGUAAGACAUGUCAAACUCUCAUCACCGUCGGUCAACAUAUAUCUCUGGUUGCAAUGAAUUGUUCCUUUAUAAUCGUGCUUUCAUUCACCAUCGCGCUAUUCAUUGUGGUAAUUUCUCCUCUAAAGUACGCACAGAAAGUUACGAAAUGUCGCGUGAUUAUUUGCAUCAUUGGAAUAUAUGCAUACGCCAUAUUGCUGACUCUGUUGCCUAAAAUGGGGGUCCACAGAGACUCCUUAUUAAAAUUUGACACGAUAUUUCAUUCCAUAAUUUUAACAUACCUGAUCAUAAUAUUUUACAUAUUUUUAUUCAUCACUUUCAAGAAAAAGGCAGCCGCUUCAAGAAGUCUUCAAGAAGAUCAGAGAACGGAGGGUAGAGGGAGGCGAACUUGUUUGGAGCGCAAGUUUAUCGUUGUCAACUUUUUUCUGGUCGCCAUUUUGUUUCUCUGUUCUCAGCCGGUCACUAUUUUAGGGAUGGUAAGUCUCUACUCCAGUGAGGAUCCUAACAGUCCAGAAUUUCUUAUCGCCAGCCUCAUCGUGGAAAACGUGCUUUACUUGAAAUUCCUGCUGGACCCUUUUUUGUACGCAUGGCGAAUUCCAAAAUAUCGUCAGGCGCUCAAGAUUAUUCUG